CGGGUGCGCGGAACGGCACCCGUGCCUCCGAGUUGUACAGCGAUGCGGUCACGUGACGCUGGGAAAAGGAAUGCCAACAUGGACCCGUGGCAAGGACGGGAUGUGACUGUGCUCCGACAAUAACACGACGGAGGAAAAAGGAAACACGAAAAUACACAAACCCCAUCGACGGCACUGCUUUCCCCCACCGAGCCUCCUCCGGACCACACACGCCGAACUUGAGACUCGUGGAUUCCUAUGCAGGCGCACUAGUGUUCGGACGGAUUGCCAUGUUGUCGACCGCUCCUCCUUUUCAAACGCAGGGAAGCGCAUUAUCCCUGCGGGCGGUUGUUUUCUCCGGGUUUUUGUGAUUCCUCUUCUGGGUAGAGUUUCCUCAACAUCCUCUCUUCUGCGUUUGGCCUGGAUCAAUGGUGUCUCUCAGCAGCAGAACGCUGAGUUUGGAUAAUGAUCUAUUCAGGGACAGCAGCAGCAGCAGCAGCCUGUUCUCCCUCGGCCUGGCAGACAGAGCCUGCAGUGAGGGGGGCAGUUUAGCUUCCUGCGACAGCCCUGAAGCGGGGGACUUGGGGGCUAUGAACAGUUCCAGCCCUGGAGAGGAGGAUGAUGAGGAGGAGGAGGAGGAAGAUGAAGAUGAUGGGGCGCAUCUGCAUAUUUUUCUAGGAGCAGCAGGAGAAGAUGAACCUGCGAAUCAGGAGCCUAAGCUACCAGAAUUCUCUUUCCAUCCCUCUUCCCCAUUCUCCCCGACCCUGGAGGACAUAGAGGAGUUCUUGAGGGAAAAGAUGGAACUGGUCAAAGAGGGGCUAAUGGACCCAAAAGAGGAGGCCUCCCCUCUCCCAUGCAGCUCCAGUGACUCUCCAUCCUCCACUCUGGCCCCAGCCUCCUCUUUAGAAACUUGCAGUGACCCAGGGACUAGUUCCUCCCAUUGCACUUCCAGCCCGAACACCCCUAAGAAUGAGCAAAACAGCCCCAGCCCACCUAACCCUUCCCCUUCUGCCCAAGUAACCCCCUCAUCCUCCACCUUAACCCCCCCAAUGCUCGUGGGUACUCCGCUGGUUCUUCAGCUCCAGCCCCUACCUCUGGCUCCGCCUCAGACCCCAGCAGGCUCUCCUCCUGGGGCCCAAAAUGGAAUUUGGCUCACUCAUCUCGUCAUGGGGCUCCAGGGUGCUACAGGACAAAAUCUCACCCUACUGUCCCCCCAGGUGCCCUCCACCCCCACCACCUUUUUAUCACUAAACAGUGGAGAUACCAAGUCACCUGACCAGAAGUACGUGAAGAUUGCCCCUCUGCCCAUCACCAUGAGGACUGUCGAGAUAACGGGUGUGACUGGGGUUGGGGCCCAGGGCAACGGUCUGUUGAGGGCCAUGGCCCCCCGGGUGACCAGAGUACCAACGACAGAGAGGGUCCAUAAGUGCUCCCACCCAGGCUGUGGGAAGAUGUACACCAAAAGCAGCCAUCUGAAAGCUCACUUCCGCCGGCAUACAGGAGAAAAGCCCUACACGUGUAGCUGGCCAGAGUGUGGCUGGAGGUUCUCCCGCUCUGACGAACUGUCUCGUCACCGUCGUUCUCACUCUGGCAUCAAGCCAUACGAGUGUUCACUGUGUGAAAAGAAGUUUGCCCGCAGUGACCAUUUAUCCAAACACACGAAAGUCCACCGCAGCUCCAGGCCCAGCAGGAUUAUCAGAGCCACUGUGUGACACCUUCAGCUGGCCUCAACCUUGCCCCACACCCUCCCACCCUGUCUGCCUGGGCUUGCUUUGGCCAGGGUGGGGUCCGGGUCUCCCUCAGGACUUUUGGUGCUUCACGAGCAGAACUUUCAGAACAAUCUUUAGAGCUGGCUACUGUUUCACCCUCAUCAUUUCCUUAUUUUCUUUCCUCCCUGCCAUUAACUUUUCACUGUUACUUCUGAGCAGACCAUCUUAUACUGAGCUAACAGCGACCUCAGGAAAAACUCAGCUGAAAGUGGAUUUCCUGGCCUACAUACACACACACACACAUACAGUCAGACACACACACACACACACACACACACACACACACACACACACACACACACACACACACACACACACACACACACACACAGAGUCAUAAAACAAAGCACAUAACAGGAGACAGUCUUACAGAGAGGCCCCUCUUACAACCACUGCUUGCACUACUGCUCCUGUCUCCAAGCUACCAGGUGCUGUUGAGAGUAUGGUGGUAACAGUAAUGGGAGUAUCUGUAAUUAUAUCAUCUCCUUUCUACUUUUGCAUUCGCCCCUCUUUCUCAAAGCCACACUCAGGGUCCACAUGGAUAAAGCUUCCCAACAUUUUUGUACGUUGUCAAAGUGAAAAUCUACUCCGUAGCAUCACAUUUAUGCCAUGUGCUCUAAUCAUAAGGCUUGCAAUAGACACAAUUCACGUGGCAGAGCAUGAUAGUCAUCUCUGUGGGGUGAAAUUCUGAUUAAAGCAGCAGAGGUCUCCUCUAAGUACUUAGAUUUUCAGAGUUACAGUUCACUCUGAAUGAAUUGUAUGACUGUCGAUAUUAAGAGUAAAUGCUGAGACAUUGAUUCAGUAACACUAAACUUGGGCGUUUGCUCACUAUCCAGCCAAGCUGAGAAUUUCUCCUAAACCUCUGAUGUUUUAUAAAUCCAAACCUAGCCUUUAUUGCAUUCGUCCAACCAUAAUCCUCCCUGUUUUGACCUGUAUGCCUUCUCUCAGUUCCAGUAUACCCUAAUCUCAAUUGAUGCCUUUGUCCAUAUCGCAGAAUCACACUUGAUCCUACUGUUGUACUGUUAUCAUAUGACUGCUCUUAUUUAACUGUGAUCGAAGUGGGGGUUGCCAAACCAGAAAUCCCUGUUCUGACCCUGUGAGAGUAUGAAAAUGACACCCUCUGUGCGUGACAGUUUAUAAGCUGUUUGUUCUCUAAAAUUCUCUUCAAAACCAUUGUGCAGCUGACUCGUGGCCUAGAAAAUUGCUCUGUCUAUAUGUUAUACUUUGGCUCAGUGGUUCAAAAGUGCUGUGAAACUCUGCUCUUUCUUAUUUACAGUUGCAGUUACUGUAAAACUUUUCUGUUGGUGAUAGCAACAAGAAAAGCUAAUAGUUUAAACAGCUGGCAAGGCAGCUAACAUAUAUUCAAUCAUCUGUAUUAUCAUACUCAAUAUAAUGUGUACUGAACAUAAAGGACGAAGAUAAUGUGUACAGCUUGUAGCCUUUGUAUGUAGAUGUUUUUCUAUCGAAGAGGAUUUUCAAUCAGUGCAUUAAGCUAUUCAGUGGUGUUUCUGGAGAGGUUUUUUGGUCUGUUAUGUGAGUUUGAUUGUAGCGUGAUCAAUCUGUGGAAUGUCAGACUGAUUAUGGUAUGGGAUUUGGAGUCCCACUCUACCCAUUCACAAACCAUUAAGCUGAAUCUGCUGGACUCAAGUGCACUUGUGUUAGUGGAAAGUGAAAAACAAUCAUUGUGCUCUUACAGCAGAUCCAUAAAAUGUGUCAGAACAGUAAAAUGCCAAAAAAAAAAAAAAAAAGAGCCUAUUUUCAAGGGAAGG